ACGAGGCACCAUGGAGGGUGGGGAUUGGGUCGUACAACACCUGUGCCUGGCUUUCGGCUGAUGACGGGAGCGAGGGAAGCGUCAGAUACCUGAUUCCACGUUUGCGCAUUCGCGCAAUGGAGUCGAGUACUUAUGACAGCUCUUCAGGCACCCAUCAACCUGCUCAGCCUGCCCUCGCCCUUCUGCUUCUAAAGUCUUUAAUUGCGCUCUUGUCUGAACUGCGAUCAAAAGCAAACGAUAUUCCGCCUUUGAGCACGUUUGCGCAUUCCUAGCCAUGGCUUCGAGCGAGUAUAGGAAGGCCAAUUUACUUAAGCUAGGCACCUCGAAAGUGCCAUGUCGGAGGGACUCGCUAUCAUCUUCAAGGACUCAAGACUCUGGGUACAAUAGCGAGUUAGAGGUCUCUCUCUCGCCACGCGAUUUUGUGGUUCCUGAGCAUGAGAUUCUAUUCGCAUCACUCCCACCUGUGCCAAGUCUUUCCAUGAUCAGCGAAUCAUGUCUGUGGAAGAAACACCCAAACUUCAUUCCACCACUGUCCCACCAGGCUGGCAUUACAAGCAAUCCUAGUCCUUGUGGUACUGUGGAAGAUCACGGCCUUCACUGGACGGGGGCAGUCAGUGUCCGCCGAGCGAAGGGAGUAUCGGACGCUUUGGCUCACAUUGUGCCUGCGAAUGACCUCUCGUCGGACAUAGAGAAGUGGAUCAAGGACAACCUUCCGUCUCGACACCAGCCUCAGGAGAGAGUGUCGUCUAUAACUUCGCUGUCUUCCACGAGUAGCUGCGAGAUGUAUACGAAUACGGACAGUAGCGAUGACGAGCGAGAACCAGAAUACGAAACCAUGCAACCCUCACGCCCAAAAUCUACUCUCAAAGUUAUCGAGCUGAUAAUGCGCAAGAUUGAAAUCAAUAUACGCGAGGCGGCUUAUAGGCAGUGUACUAGCACUACUCCAAGUAGUCGUGGCGGGGUCGUCUCUCAUCAGGGCAGUCGCAAGUCGUCCCAGAGUUCGGGUCAGAAGCGUAAGGCACGCGGGAGCCCACCGCCGGACGACAACGACGACGAAAAUGGACCCAACAAGCGGCGCCGUGGAUCAGCAGCUACGGUGGCUGAUAACUCUGACCCCGGCACCAGAUUCGCUUGUCCCUUUUACAAGCAUGACCCGGAUAGAUAUAGAAAUAUACGUACAUGCCCGGGCCCUGGUUGGCCAACCGUUCACAGGAUGAAGGAGCACUUGUAUCGGGCACAUUCACAGCCGAUCUUUUGCCCGAUAUGUUACGAAACGUUCAAGUCGGACAAGGAGCAGUUCAACCAUGUACGCCUUCAGCAAUGCCAAAGAUCGGCUCCUCAGCACAUUGAAGGGAUGGACCGGGAAACGACCUGGGCUCUACGGAAACGCACCACUGCUCUGCGACUGGAAGAAGACAAAUGGCGGGAUGUCUACCAUGUACUGUUCCCAAACGUACUUGUUGCAGAUAUCCCAUCUCCAUUUUACGAUUGCGACUCGCCUAGCGAAUCAUCACGGCGCUUUCGUCGAGAGCUGCUUCGUCGCGUCCAGGAGGAGCUGCUUAUUACUGCUGGACAAGUACCAGGUCCCAUAGAGCAGCAGCUUCUUCAAAGGGUGGCGCAGAUCAUUCGUAGAUGCGAAAACGACCUUCUGAACCUACCAGAACCGUCUAUCGAGAAUGCAAUGCUACCAGAUCGACUUGCUAAUAGUACCUCCACGACAACACCAUCAGUGUCCACCGACCCCCACUCGCAUACCCACUUUACGGCUAUGUCAGCACCUACUUCUCGUUCGAUUCCAAGAGCGGCACCAUUCAAUAGCGCCACUUUGGAAGCGAAUCGUUCCAAUACUGCUACAAUGCAAGUGCGUGCGCGAUACAUAACGGAGCCAGCAGUCAACAUCACACCAGUCGUCUGGGAUGAACAGAUCUACGAUACCUUCGACGACGGUAUUGACUGGGAUAUGGUCUUUAUGAGAGAGCCAGAGAUUCAACACUCAGGAGGCAAUGGCCCUUUGACAGCCUUGGCGACACCUAUGUGGACUUGAUAAGGAGAGAGAUACACAGUCAAAUUUCUUUUUGUCCUUAUUAGAAACGUUCUUUACAGGGUUUCGGAAUAACUUGUUUAGGCUUAAUGUGAUGAGCGAUAGUAUAUCCUGGUUAGAUCUUUUAUGCUUAAAGGGUUCGUUAUUAAAGCGCGGUGUGAACAUUACCAAAGGGUUUUGGCUGGUGUGGUUCCCAAUUAAUAGCCACUAUGUAUGCAGGUCUGCCAUAUCUUAGGCCGGGCGAGGUAUUCUUAAU